CACCUCACCUCCCCCACCCGCGUCCCGCGGCUUCCAGGAGCGACCAGGGGGACGGUUGGGGUGUCGCUCCAGGGUGUGGAGGACAAUUCCGGAUGAGCAAUGACUUCUCAUGGGUGGGGGUGGCGGAGGGAGGACCCUGCUCAGGGCUUGGUAGGGGUGCCCAGCGCCGAGAGCGAGAGAGGGGCGGCGGUGCCGUGCACGACCCUGGCUAUGAAAGACCCCACAGCUGUAGAGAGAGCAAAUUUGCUCAACAUGGCUAAACUGAGCAUCAAAGGGCUCAUUGAGUCCGCCCUGAGCUUUGGCCGCACACUGGACUCGGACUACCCGCCCUUGCAGCAGUUCUUUGUCGUCAUGGAGCACUGUCUGAAGCACGGCCUCAAAGUGAAAAAAUCAUUUUUGAGUUAUAACAAAACCAUCUGGGGCCCUUUAGAACUGGUGGAAAAGUUAUACCCAGAAGCAGAGGAAAUAGGAGCCAGUGUGCGGGAUUUACCGGGUCUUAAGACCCCACUGGGCAGAGCAAGGGCCUGGCUGCGGUUGGCCCUCAUGCAAAAGAAAAUGGCCGACUACCUACGCUGCCUGAUCAUCCAGAGAGAUCUCCUGAGCGAGUUCUAUGAGUACCACGCUCUGAUGAUGGAGGAGGAGGGUGCCGUGAUCGUCGGGCUGCUGGUUGGCCUGAACGUGAUCGAUGCCAACCUGUGCGUAAAGGGAGAGGACUUAGAUUCCCAAGUUGGAGUGAUUGAUUUUUCCAUGUAUCUAAAGAAUGAAGAUGAUAUUGGAAAUAAAGAAAGGAAUGUUCAGAUUGCUGCCAUUUUGGACCAAAAGAAUUAUGUUGAAGAAUUAAAUAGACAACUCAACAGCACAGUCAGCAGCCUUCAUUCAAGAGUUGACUCAUUAGAAAAGUCAAACACUAAGCUGAUUGAAGAGUUAGCAAUAGCAAAGAAUAAUAUCAUUAAGCUCCAAGAAGAAAACCAUCAAUUGCGAAGUGAAAAUAAGUUGAUUUUAAUGAAAACACAGCAGCACCUAGAGGUCACCAAAGUGGAUGUGGAAACUGAGCUGCAGACAUACAAGUGCUCUCGGCAGGGGCUGGACGAGAUGUACAGUGAUGCCAGGCGGCAGCUUCGGGAUGAGUCCCAGUUACGGCAGGACGUAGAAAAUGAGCUUGCAGUACAAGUGAGCAUGAAACACGAGAUCGAGCUUGCCGUGAAGCUGCUGGAGAAAGAUGUGCACGAGAAGCAGGACACCCUCAUCAGCCUCCGCCAGCAGCUGGAGGAGGUCAGAGCCAUCAACAUAGAGAUGUAUCAGAAGCUGCAGGGCUCUGAAGAUGGCCUGAAAGAAAAAAAUGAAAUAAUCUCCCGACUAGAAGAAAAAACCAAUAAGAUUACGACAGCCAUGAAGCAGCUGGAACAAAGAUUGCAGCAAGCAGAGAGGGCGCACAUGGAAGUGGAAGGCGGCGACGAGAAGUACCUGCAGGAGUGUCUGAGCAAGUCGGCCGGCCUGCAGCAGCGGAUCACGCAGAAGGAACAGCAGCUGGCGAGGCUGGAAACUGACCUGAAGAUUGAGAGGGAAUGGAGGCAGGCACUGCAGGAGGACCUGCAGCGGGAAAAGGACACGACAGCGCUCCUCAGGGACAGCACCCAGCAGGCCUCUGGGCUUAAAGAGGAGUUCCUUAAUCUUCAGGAUGAAAAUCAGCAGUUGAAAAAAAUAUAUCAUGAACAAGAACAAGCUCUUCAAGAACUCGGCAACAAACUUAGCGAAUCAAAACUUAAAAUAGAAGAUAUAAAAGAAGCUAACAAAGCCUUGCAGGGACUGGUUUGGCUGAAAGAUAAAGAAGCAACACAUUGUAAGCUUUGUGAAAAGGAAUUCUCACUGUCUAAGAGAAAGCACCACUGUAGGAACUGCGGGGAAAUCUUCUGUAACGCCUGCUCCGACAACGAGCUGCCUUUGCCUUCCUCUCCAAAGCCAGUGCGGGUCUGUGACUCCUGCCACGCCCUACUCAUCCAGAGCUGCUCAUCCACACUACCCUGACCCUGCUGGCCCAUGUGAUGGUCCGCAGCCACCUCAACACCUAACCCUUGCAUCAACAGCCCUUCUUCGGUAGUGCCCUUCAUCCCAUUAACUCCCUGCAAUGACACACAGGACUUGUUACAACCUUGCCCAGUUAGCCAGUCUAUCACAGCAUGCUAAAAUGAUGCUAUAUGACCAUCUGGGCAACUGUGUGCCCUAGUUCCCCGAGGCCAUACCGCCCCCGCACCCACCUGCCUUAUGCUGAGGCGCCACACAGUGGCUCUCUCACUACCCUCACUGCUGUCCACUGGGCACUGGAUGGUACCUGAUUCUCCUAUGGCACUUUAAAGCUUUAGAGCUAUCCAAGACCAGAAACGCACACUUUCUAGAAGUGGUAACAUUUUGAUUCAGUGGAUUUAUUUUUUAGGGAAGGGUCUACAGGGUGUUCAGGGUCUCACUGCUAGAUC